AUAUGGGUGUCGUGAUGACCAAUUGCCCUUAUUUGAUACGCCAUCUUUAGGUUUACUGAUGUAGUUCCUGUUGACAAAAAAGUUUGGAGACUCUCUUCCGGGUUAUUUGAAGUACCAUAUUUAUGUUUGUUGAUAACUAAGUGAAACAAGCUGGAUGAAUAUGCAAAAUACAAAACCAUAAUACAGCGACAAACAGUUGGUUUGUCCAGUUGUUUCGCAACUCAGUGACGAUAGAACUCAGCAAGCAUGCCUCCACCACCACCUCCGCCUCCUGCUCCGCCCUCAGCUCCAGGACCGCCCCCUCCAUCUUCAAGUAAAGCCAGUAAACCAGCUUCUGGCAACAGAGACAGAGGGGCACUACUGGGUCAGAUAAACAACUUCAAAGGAGCCAAGUUAAAGAAAGUACAAACCAAUGAUAGGAGUACACCAGUAGUAGGGGGUAAAAAGCCUGCAGGUCCUAUGGGAGGAGGAGGACCACCCCCACCUGGACCAGGGAAGUUUGCUACUGUAGCAGGGCGUACCAGCAACGCUCAUUCAGAUAUUCCUAACCAAUGGAGAGGAUCACAAGAUGAUGGUCCCGCUGUUGGAGGCCCUCCUGGUCUUGGUGGAUUAUUUGCUGGGGGAAUGCCAAGAUUACCUAAUAAAGGUGGUGCUAAGUUUAAUAUUGGUGUUGGACCAAAAGGUCCUGCUGCUGCUUUUAAGCCACCAGGACGUUCUCCAAACGGUCCAGUAAAUUUUAGGAAAGAAUCCCCAGCAAUGAAUGGACCAUCUUCUAGACCAGGUGGAGCACCGCCUCCUCCAUCAUCAUCAACAAAACCAAGAUUCAAUUUACACAGGACAAGUAGUAAUGGUGAAAAUCUGGAUAGAACUGAAUUAGCUCCUCCCCCUCCUCCCCCAAGUAAUAAACCAUUUCACAGAAGUGACGGUAACAUUCAUCGUUCAUCAGCAGAUUUUCCUCCGCCACCACCACCAAGCAGUAAAAAACCUAAUUUACAUAAUGACAAUAGGAAGAGUGAUAUACCUCCUCCUCCCCCUAGUGGAAGUAAACCUAGUUUUGGUGGACCACCACCACCUCCUAGUGCCAAUAAAUCUAGUGUUAAUGGACCUUCAUGGAAAGCAGGAGGUAGUGCAGCACCACCGCCUCCUUCAAAUAGUAGCAAACCAAAUUCAAAUGGACCAUCAUGGAAAACAGGUGGAGCAGUACCCCCACCCCCACCUUUUUCAUCAAAACCACAAGCUCAAAAUGGAACAUCAUAUGAUGAAAGUGGUAGGGAUUCAAGGUCAAGUAUUGGUAGUAGACCAAGUUCAGGGAUUGCAGGCGGUAUGCCAAGAAACCCUCCACCACCCCCGCCACCAGGGAGGCCACCUUCAAACAGACCACCAUCAAGUAGUGGGAGACCGUCUAGCAUGGUAGGGAGGCCAUUACCUCCUCCCCCGUCACAGGCACCUACAGCACCUUCAUCGAAACCUCCCCCUCCUCCAACUAGAGCACCACAAUCAGCCAACCCUCCAUCAAGGGUAAACGCUCCACCGCCACCACCUCCUCCAACGAGGACAACAUCAGCAUCACCUGGUACAAGAGGUCCACCAGGGUUAAAGCCCCCACCACCUCCAAUGAGAGGGCCUUCCACUAAUGGACAUGCUCCACCUCCCCCACAGAGAAGGUCAGGACACUACUCUGGAGGAUCAGAUGAUUUUGAGAACAGAUUUAGAUUUCAUGCAGCUAAUGAACUGCCACCUCCAGAACCAUUCGGAGAUUGUAAUAAAACCUUCCCAAGUCGUAAUCCAAGAAAUCCUAAUGAUACAGACCAAGGGAUGAGUACUGUCAGUUUCAAUUAAGAGUCGACGAGCUCCACCACCACCUCCACCCAAAUGAGAAACACAUAUCACUAGUUCAUAGUUCAAAGUGCAAUUCAUAUGGAAGGAUGCUUCAGGCAUGUUGUAUGGCAUUUAAACAAUUAUUAAGAUGUCUUCAUGUGCAGAUUCAUGCCCUGCAUGCAUAUUGUGAUAUUUAUUUAUGAUGGGGAGGAAGUCAUGUGAUAGCCAUGUGAUCAAGACAUUCAGUACAGGACAGUUCUGUACAUGGCUACAGCAUGAACAAGGGGUCUUUAUGAAGAUGUAACAUAGUCAUUACCAAUCAGACAGGUGCUUUUAAAGAUUUAAUAUACACAUUUAUUUAUAGUGAAUUUUGAUGUAUGUGAUGAAUUGCAUCAAAUAUAAGUUGACAACAUGCGUAUACUUUCAAUUUUUAGAGUUUGAGGUCAACUUACAACUUUGUUAUAUUUGGAUCUGAAAAGAAUUUUCUUUUAUUGACAGCAUGCACAAAAUGAGUGUAAAUGUGCUAAUGAAAUGUUUGAAUAUAUAAAUAGAAACUGAUCAUUUCACUGCUAAAAAUACAUUUAUGAAAAUAUAAAAAAUUCAUCCAUUUUAUUUUUAGAACACAAAUGAAUAUUAUACCUUGCUAUAUUUUUGUUCUGGUCAGUCAUUUAGUAUACAAAUCAGUAUUCAUUAUCUUAAUGUGAGUGAAUUUAUGUUUAAUUUCUGAGAUUUUACAUUAAAUUCUUAUUAUAUACGGCAAUCAUUUCAAAAUAUUAUUUAUUCAGUUUCAAUCAUUAAAUAAAGUCCAGAAAGUAGAAAUAACUAGUCUACAGACAGGAACUUAAUAACUCUAUCAAAAAUAGUAAGAUAUACACACAGAUCUACAUAUAUAACAUCAUUCUCAUAGGCAUAAGCAUGUUUAAUAUAAAAGGAGGGGUUGAGAUAAAACCCCAAUAGUGAAUACCUGCAGGUUAAUGCUUAACAGUCAUUGACAAUGACUAAAACCAUUAUUAAUAAAGAUAAACUAUUGGCUUAAUCAUAUUUAUCUAAUUAUAACUACAAAAAUAUAAUGUUUAAUCAGCAUAAAUUAAACAAAUGUUUAAAUUCAUCUUUAAUGAACAAUUGUUAGACGACAGAAGAGUGCUGUAAUGUGAAUAGUUUGCUAAUUUAUUCUUCCAUUUUUUUUAUAAUUUGGCCAAUAAUUGUCUGUAUUUACAUCUAAUAACACUUGUUGUACUUGCACUAUUUAUUUUUAUUGUUACAAUUGCUUUGACCUUUAUAUACAUUGGGAUAAUCAUAAACAUGCAGUCACAUACAAUUAGUUACAAUUUAGAAGUAGCCCCCCCCCCCUAAAAAAAAAAAAAAUCCGUUAGUUUAUGCAUUUCUUUAAAAAAAAAAAAAAAAAAAAAAUAGAUGUAUUUUUAUUUGAACUUGGCAAUUGUGAAAAAAAAAUAAAAAUUAUGGAAUUAAUAUCAAAAAUUUUGUUAAAGAAUUUCUUCUGUGACAGAUGUGACUUUUGUAAUUCUUUUAAAUGUACUAAGUAUUGAUAGAAUAUCCUUAACUUAAUAUUUUUGGUGGCAAAAGGUAAACAAAAAUUAAAGUAAAGUAUAGAGUAAUUAGAAGUCAGAUCAUAGAGCCUGUUUCAUUAAAGUAUUUACUCUUGCCUGUUACUCUCCUUUGUAUAUCUAUGGUAUAUUUUAUUUUAUUCUUUUGUAUUUUAUAACAUGACAACAAUCAGAAAAUAUAGAAAUCAAAAGAAUGUUGUGCUGGGCACACUAUAUAUACCUUAAGCAUUGGUGAUUGAAUUUUGAUUAUUUUGAUGUAUUUGACAAAAAAGAUAUUUUCAUAAAUGUAAGUUAUACAGUUCAUUUAUCAUGGGCAUUAUAUUGAGUUGGCUAUAAUACAUGCUUUGCAUUCCCCAAUGGAGACCUUUUAUGCUAUUCAAAAUGGUUAAGGAAAAUAUAAAAAUAACAUAUAGGGAGACCAAAAAUUUAUCAAAGUUCAGUAAUUAUUUCUGACAUGGGCAGAUAGAUUCUUGAUCAAACAUUACAGUUUUGGUAUGAAGUAUCCAUUAUUUAUGAGUUAUGCAACCAAAAAGGAUAUCAAAAUAUUGACUCUUUGAUUUUCCAAUUUCUUAUAAAUAUUUUAAAGUGCAACAUCAUUCAAACAAAUUAUCACAUUUGAAUUUAAUAUUUAUCUAUUCGUUGGCCAAACAAUCAUUUUGGGCAAAGCUUGUGCUCCAUGUGAAACCCAUACAUCGUUUUAGAAUGCUAAACAUUUGGAUAAUCUCUUAAAUGAUGUCACAGACAAUAUUUCUGUUGUGAAAGAGUUGUCAUUAUUUAUAGUAAUACUCAUUUACUUUUCUUUUUUUAUAACUUUAAUGUCCAUAUCAUGGCUCUUCUCAUACCUCCUUCUUCUAUUGUUGCAACCUUCCUUUUGUUGACAAAGCAAAAUCAUAUCAUUAAAAAACUUUGUUAAAUAAGAAAAUAUAUAAAAUCAUUAUCAAUCUUCACUUGGCCUAACCCUAUUCUUCUAAGUAUGUUCAAAAGGUCUCCAUUGUCUUCACCAUUCCGCUUUUUAACCUGUCUCUAUAUAGGUGUGAAUGUGUGUAUAUUUUGCAGAAGAUGAUUUUAUGUUAGUUGGGUAUUUUUUUGUAAUGUUUUUAUAAAAAAUUGUUACUGUUAGUUAUGUUUACACACAUGGAUUUGCAAAAAAAUAUAUAUUUUCAGCUUUUUGAACAUCAGCAUUCAUUAUAAAAAAAAAGUUAAUUGAUUUUUUUGUUACCUUUUCAGAUGGUAAGUAGUUUUGAUAGGUCUUUAACAUAUUUAGUCAUAUGCAUUUGCAGAUAAAUAACCACAUGUUUUUUUUUAUCUUGUGUUAUUAUUAAAUAGGCCUCUAGCAAAUUGUCAAGAAUGAAAUAACCAGUCUUCCUAAAGUUCCCUAUUCAUCUUGUAUUUUCUAUGGUUCAAAAUAUUUGUAAGUGUUAACUUUUUUCAUUUCAUAUGAUGUAGAAGUUUGAUUUUUCAACCAUUUAAUUAUUUGACAUGGUCAUAAAGCAUAUUAACCAAAGUAACCGUUCAUCAAAUUUGUAGCAAUUAAACAUAUAGAACUAAUCACCAUGUGGACUUUUUAUUUGAUGACCAUGAAACAAAAUGCAAAAACAAUAUAAUCUCAUUCAAAAUACACUCAUUAGAAAAUGUCAUUCAAUCGUGUAUUGAUGCCUGAAAUUUCUCAGACAAUUUAACACAAUGUAGCAUAUAUUUACAUUGAUACGUCAACAUCAUUGUAAACUUUAAAAUAAGUGAAGGUCAGUUAAAGCAUAUAUGCCAUUAAUCAUUAAUUAAUUAAUUGCAAGAUUAUUUUUUUUCAUUUAGAGUUUAAAAAUCAGAAUUUGCUUUGUGGUAUAUUUUAUUCACCGUCAGUCAAAUAAUGUAUCAGAGUCUUUUGUAUUUCAUCUCACAUUCAUUGUUUUUUUCUUGACAACUGCAAUUUCUACAUAAUAUAAUUUUAGUUCAAUUAUAAAGAAAAAAAAACAGUUGUUGUCAGUGCUAGACUUUGUUGAUCUACAAUUCUUUGAAAACAGCCUGUCAGAAAUUAACCCAAUUUGCGCAAAUUCCUUUACAAUCUAUAAACUUCUGCUCUAUAAACAUUUAGAUAUUAUUUAUGGCAGUAUGUAUGUUUCUACAUUUGAAUAUGUCCUAUUUUGAUGUUACUAGAUGAUCUGGUUAAAGUAAACCUGAUAUUAAAUCAUCUUGUAUGUUUUACUCCUGAAACUUGUGUUCAAACUUAUCAUUUAUUAUUUUCUCAAAUAGAACUUUGCCUAUUAUUAUAACUGGAGCUUUCAUCAUUUUAUAAGUGUUAGUUUAAUUUCCUUGAUUUCACAAUUUUGUUUUGAACCAUUACAUUAGCUAUUUUUUUAUGUUGUUAAAUUGUUUAUCUUUAAACAUACAGGGGUAUUUGUACUUUCAACUGUGCUUUAAAUUACAAAGUUUUUGUCUGAAUUCACGUAAUUUUAGUGUAGCAGUUUCCUUUUCAAAAUUUGGAAUGUAAUUUUUCAUAAAACUUUGGUAAAAAGAAAAUAGUUUUUCACUUCAAUCAUUAUAACAUAAGUAUCAGCAAUUUUGUGUCUGUAAAAACAGUUUAUUAUUUGCAUUGAUAUAAACAUCAGUUCUCUUUUAAGAACAUGAAAUUAGACUUGAUUUUGAUAAUCAACACAUUAAUGCAAAUUAGAAUUAAUAAUUUAUUGAACCUUUAAAUUGAAACAAAAUGACAUUAAUAAGCAGUUUGUUAUUACAUGAAUGUUAUAUUUUGUUUGUUUGUUUGUUAUGAGUGUUAUUUAUGGAUGGUAGUGUUUAUAACAUAUCCAUGAAUCUUCCAAGUUAUAUAUGUAUAUAGAAAAUGAACAAUGAUAUAGAUUAUAUCAUAUUGUAAAUAUAAUGUAUAUCAAUAAUAAAUGAUACAAUUUA